CUCACAAAUUCAGUAAUCGAGGAAAAUGUUAUUAAAAAUCUCGUAAAAGAGUUAAAACUUCUUCGUAUGGUUAGUUAUCAUGAUAAUAUUAACAGAUUUCUUGGAAUAACAAAUGAUCAUGCUGGAAAUUAUAUUAUGGUAUUGGAAUACGCCGAUGAAGGGAAUUUGCGAGAUUAUUUAAAGGUAAAAUUUGAUUCAUUACAAUGGGAAAACAAGAUUCGAAUGGCGUUGGAUAUUGCAUGUGGAUUAAAAUGUUUGCACUCUAGAGACAUAGUCCAUAGGGACCUGCACUCAAAAAAUAUCUUAGUGAAUAAGGGUAGAUUAUUAAUUGCAGACUUUGGAUUAUCUAAACAUUUAGCAGAAGCUACAUCUAAUUCUAUGGGU